AUGUCCAAAUUUUCAUGUUCAGGUCUAUAUGUAAGCAAAUAAGGAGAGAAUUCAGAAGUGAUGAUCAUCACUCAAUCUGGCGAUUUACAGAUAGUGGUACUUAUGUUUUGUGAUUAUUUAAGUCAAAAAGUGGAAAUGAAUAGAUGGUUUAUUUACCUUCCAAUUCUAUGGAUACAAUUCUUUGCUUUGCAAGAGAAGUUGAUUAAAGUAAAGUUAGGAUUCACAUUAUGUAGGUUAAUAGAGUGGAACCUUUGAGCUUCUUCAUCCAGAAUCUCAAAUUAAAGUCUCCUUCCUUCUCAAUUUAAAAGAUAUUGAAUACUUAAGAGUUCUAAUGAGAGGGAAAUAAGUUUUUUUGGAUUCUUAAAAUUAUGUUGUCUUGGGAAAACUCGCUUAUGACAUAUGUAAUUGAGGAUACUUAACAUUAGAACUCAUAUAAUCAAGGAACAGAGUUUAAGUUCAAAAGAAAGCUUCUCUUGUCUUGAAAGAUUCAGUUUCUAAGGGCAGAUUGGUAUUGUAUAUCAUAACAGUGGUAGGGACAAUUAAGAUAGGAGGCAAAGAUGUUACGACUGUUAAAAGAUUACCGUCAUAAAAAUAUAAUUUUAUUGGAGGAAAUCACAACAGAUUGUAGAUCAGUGUCAAUUGUUUUGGAGUAUUGUCAAGGUGGAGACCUUCUGCAGCUUCUGUAGCAGAAGAGUUUUGAUAUAGAUGUUCCUAGGUUAAUGUUAAAUCUACUUUCUGGUAAAAAAACUCAUUUAAUUGUAGGUUUAAAACAUCUCCAUGAUUUGGAAGUAGUUCAUCGAGAUAUCAAGUUAUAGAAUAUUUUAUUUAAAGACUCCAAGAAUAUGGACACUUUGAAAAUAGCUGACUUUGGAUUCUCUUGUCUAAAAUCUCAAAUUUCAUUUAUUAAUCCAAUGUACACUAGUAUAUACAUUCAUUUUUAGCUGUGGUACUCCUGGAUAUACAGCCCCUGAAGUAUUUAGUUAAUCAAGUAGCUAUGAUGAAAAAGUGGAUAUCUAUAGUGCAGGUAUCAUUUUCUAUAAUAUGUAUUUCUUAAUUAAUAUGUAGUUUAACAUCAAAAAAUCCUUUUGGAAAUUCUAAGAAUAUUUCUGAUCUCAUCUAAUCUAACAUUAGUGGCAACUAUAAUCAGGCAUAUUUAGAAUCAACAUAUGUUAAUAAUCCUCUUGCUUAUGAUUUACUGACUAAAAUGCUCCAGAAGGAACCACACUCAAGACCCAGUGUUGAUGAAUGUCUUAAUCAUCCAUUUUUUAAAAUCCAAAUAAAUGGUGAUUUUAGAAUGGAGGAUACUAAAGAAAUGAUAUCAAUUAAAAGAAAAUCUAAAAAAUAAAGGAGAGACACUUAGAAGCAAGGCAGAAUGUGA